AUGCUGAAGAAUCAACGACAUGAAACACUCAUACAAUUUCAAUCUCGUACAGCCAUAUUUAAUACAGAUGAAUGUAUCAAAAUCUUAGAACAAUUUCGAUGGAAUUGUUUGGAAGCAAUCAAUUAUGUGUUAGAUAACUUUGAUUCUACACAGAGAAAGUCACCUGUAAGCAUCGAUCAACCAUUGAUUCCUAAUGAAUGUUUGAAUGAAUUGGAAGGUAUUCGAAAUUUCGAACGAGUAUUUCAAGAACGUCAUGCAAAUGUUUCUCGAUGGCCAAUAUGGUUUAAAUCAACACUUGAAAAUGCGAUCAAUCAAUCACAUAGUCCAUUCGCUGUGUUCCUCAAUCAUGAUAAAUCUUCAUUUACCACAAUAUUCUCUCGGCAGAUACUUUGUUCAUCAUCAGUUCUAAAUGUCUUAAUUAAGUAUAAAUGCAUUCUCUGGCCAUGGGAUGUCACUUAUUCGUUGAAUAAACAACGACUUUUGGAACGAAGUGGAAGUGCUCGACAAAUUCUUCUCGAAUGUUUAUCCCAUUUUACUUAUGUUGAUAGUUAUCCUUUGUUAAUAAUACUUACUCGGCAAUAUAAUCGAGUCGUUUUACUUGAUGUUAUCAAUGGAAAUUGGGAUUUAGAUCAAACACGAGCUUGUCUCGAACGAACAUUGAAUCCGAUUCAUGAACAAUCGAUUAUAACGGUCAAUGAAACAAUAUCUCUUUCUCCGGGUUGGAUCGGCGGUCGAACAGCCGGUAAUAUUCGUCGUCGACCUUCUUUCCUCACAACAUUUCGUUUAAGCCGAUCUCUAUGCGCUGUUCAACGACCUCAACACAUUUCACAUUAUAACCCAACAUAUGAUACACCGGAAAUUAUUGUCACCAAUCGAGAAGCUAAACAAUGGUUACAAACUAAAACGAACGAUCGACUCAAACACCAAGCAAAAGACUCUUCGUCAUCAAAAUCAACUUCAUCUCCUGUUCCAUCGUUAUCCAUUUCCAAGAUCGAUCGAUCGCCCUAUAUAUACAUGUCACCACGUCGAGCUGGAUGGGCACCAACUGUUAAUCGUUAA